GGGCCGGCCCGCAGCUGGCGGCGCCCGGGCCCGGGGCGGGGGCCGUGGCAGCAGCUGCAGCAGCGGCGGCAGCGCCAGCGCCAGGAGCUGCUGAGGCAGAGGCGGAGGCUGCUCCCGGACGCGUUCGGGCCGCGCAGCCGGAGCCCCAGCCCCGAGGCGCCGGGCGGUGCGCGGGGUGCUGCUGCUGCUGCUGCUGCUGCGCGCCCGCUGCCGCUGGGGCCCCCUCUGCCGCCCGGGCCCGGGCCGCCGCCCGCGCCCCCGCCGACACCCCCCGCGUGUGCGCCUCAGCCGGCACGCCGCCCCCGGCCGGGUCUCCACUUCUCGGCCGCGCCUCCCAUGACAGCGCCCGCUCGAAGAUGGCUGCGAAGGGCGCACACGGCUCCCACCUGAAGAUCGAGAGCGAGCUGGAGCGCUGCCGCGCCGAGGGCCACUGGGACCGCAUGCCCCAGCUGGUCCGGCAGAUGCAGGCGUUGGUCGUGCCCAGCGGCGGAGGCAACCGGCGAGCCAGCCCCAGCGCCGCGCUCUCCUCUCUGGACCCCGAUGACUUGGGGAAAUUGCUUCUGGCCGAGGCCCUCGUGGAGCAGUGUUUGAAGGAGAACCAUGCCAAGAUAAAAGACUCCAUCCCUUUGCCGGAGAAGAAUGAGCCAAAAAUGAAUGAAGCCAGAAACUAUCUGAGCAGUAUCCUUAACCACGGGAAGCUGCCGCCACAGUACAUGUCUGAGGCCAUGCUGAUCCUGGGCAAGCUGCAUUACAUGGAGGGCUCGUACCGAGAUGCCAUCAGCAUGUAUGCACGGGCCGGAAUUGAUGACAUGGCCAUGGACAACAAGCCCCUGUAUCAGAUGCGGCUCCUGGCUGAGGCAUUUGUUAUCAAAGGCCUCUCCCUGGAACGCCUCCCCAACUCCAUAGCAUCCCGCCACCGCCUGACGGAGAGGGAGGAGGAAGUGAUCGCCUGUUUUGAGAGGGCCUCCUGGAUCGCUCAGGUGUUCCUGCAGGACCUGGAGAAGGUCACAAAUAACACCACCUCCCGGCAUCUGAAAGGCCCUCCCCCAGUUGACUUUGAGCUCACCUACUUCCUGGAAGCUGCCCUCCAGAGCGCCUUUGUGACAAACCUGAAGAAGGGGAACGUGGUAAAAGGCAUGAGGGAGCUCCGGGAGGUCCUGCGGACUGUGGAGACCAAAGCAACCCAGAACUUCAAAGUGAUGGCUGCCAAGCACCUGGCAGGGGUUCUGCUGCACUCUCUGAGUGAGGAGUGCUACUGGAGCCCCCUGUCCCAGCCCCUGCCAGAGUUCAUGAGCAAGGAGGAGAAUUCCUUCAUCAUGCAGUCGCUGAGGAAACCUCACCUCUACGAAGGAGACAACCUCUACUGCCCAAAGGAUAACAUCGAGGAAGCCCUCCUGCUGCUCCUCAUCAGUGAGUCCAUGGCUAAUCGUGACGUGGUGCUGAGCCGGGUGCCGGAACAGGAGGAGGACCGGGCGGUGAGCCUGCAGAAUGCCGCCACCAUCUACGAUCUCCUGAGCAUCACUCUGGGCAGGCGCGGGCAGUUUGUCAUGCUCUCGGAGUGCCUGGAGCGAGCCAUGAAGUUUGCAUUUGGAGAAUUUCACCUUUGGUACCAAGUGGCCCUCUCCAUGGUGGCUUGUGGGAAGUCAUCCUAUGCUGUGUCACUGCUGCGAGAGUGUGUGAAGCUGCGGCCUUCAGACCCCACCGUGCCCCUUAUGGCCGCCAAGGUCUGCAUCGGGUCCCUGCACUGGCUGGAAGAAGCCGAGCACUUUGCCACGAUGGUGAUCGAUCUCGGGGAGGAAGCUGGGGAAUUCCUAUCCAAGGGCUACUUGGCGCUGGGUCUCACUUACAGCCUUCAGGCAACUGACGCGACACUGAAAUCCAAGCAGGAUGAAUUGCACCGGAAAGCACUGCAGACGCUGGAGAGAGCACAACAGCUGGCACCCGGCGACCCCCAGAUCAUCCUCUAUGUCUCCCUGCAGCUGGCCCUUGUCCGCCAGAUCUCCAGCGCCAUUGAGCAGCUGCAGGAGGCCCUGAAAGUGUGCAGGGAUGAUGCCAACGCCCUCCACCUGCUGGCGCUCCUGUUCUCCGCCCAGAAACACUACCAGCCCGCCCUGGAAGUCAUCAACAUGGCCAUCACCGAGUAUCCUGAGAACUUCAACCUGAUGUUCACCAAGGUGAAGCUGGAGCAGGUUGUGAAAGGUCCAGAAGAAGCCCUUGUGACCUGCAGACAAAUGCUGCGGCUGUGGCAGACCCUGUACAACUUCUCCCAGCUGGGUGGCCUGGAAAAGGAUGGCAGCUUAGGCGAGGGCCUCACGAUGAAGAAGCAGAGUGGCAUGCACCUGACCCUUCCCGAUGCCCACGAUGCAGACUCUGGCUCUCGCCGUGCAUCAUCCAUCGCAGCUUCCCGGCUGGAGGAAGCCAUGUCAGAGCUGACUGUGCCCAGCUCUGUCCUAAAGCAGGGCCCCAUGCAGUUGUGGACUACGCUGGAACAGAUCUGGCUUCAGGCUGCUGAGCUGUUCAUGGAGCAGCAACACCUCAAGGAAGCAGGUUUCUGCAUCCAGGAGGCAGCGGGCCUCUUCCCCACCUCGCAUUCGGUGCUCUACAUGCGGGGCCGACUGGCAGAGAUGAAGGGCAGCUUGGAGGAGGCCAAGCAGCUGUACAAGGAGGCACUGACGGUGAACCCCGAUGGCGUGCGCAUCAUGCACAGCCUGGGUCUGAUGCUGAGUCGGCUGGGCCACAAGAGCCUGGCCCAGAAGGUGCUGCGAGAUGCCGUGGAGAGGCAGAGCACCUGCCAUGAGGCGUGGCAGGGCCUGGGCGAGGUGCUGCAGGCCCAGGGCCAGAGCGAGGCUGCCGUCGACUGCUUCCUCACCGCCCUGGAGUUGGAGGCCAGUAGCCCUGUGCUGUCCUUCUGCAUCAUCCCCAGAGAGCUCUGACAGGCCCUGCGGCGGGCAGGAGUGCCCAACAGGGAUGGGCAGUCACAGGCAGACAGGGGCAAGCGAGGGCAGGGGAGGCCUGGGGCCUUGGGGAAAUACAUCUCUAGGGACAUGUCUGCAGGCUGCAGCCCUGGUUCUCCUCGCCUCCCCCAUACGCAGUUUUCCUACAGAGCUGGCUGGGAACUGCUCAUCUGGAGCUGGGUGGACCAGAUUUGCAUCAAAAGCAAAUCCCUUGCUCUUUGGGACUCAGGCAGACAUUGUGUCAUUUAUGAGCGAGGAAGUAGCCAGGAGGCACAUCUCCAUGGGGACCCUCCCCAGAGUGGCUGUGCAGCUAAACGUGCAGUAAGGGUCUGUGUGGCUUGGAUACCUCCCACCCAUCUAGAAGGCCUUGUACCGCGCUGCCCUUCCUCCACAUCCCAGACCUUCACCUCUGUCUGCAGCAGCAAGAAUGAACCCCCAGCUGCUCCUGGCUGAGCUGAGAGCUUUCCCAGGUUUUCCCUCAGUGUCUCGGAAGACAGUUGGCUUGAAGCCUAAGUGACUUAGAGUCAUGACUGACAUGCGCCCCAAGAGCGUGGACAGGGGACCUUCACAGCUGACCUUCACCCCCUCCCAUGCCUCUGUGCCUCGGGGAGCCCCAUAGCCCUGGCCUCACACUCCAGUCUCAGGAUAGGAUUUUUAAUCACUCGCAGGCCUUUGGGAUGUCUGGGUUCCUCUCCUAGCCUUUGAGUUAGUGGAUCAGGCCAAGUGUGGCCCCUUUUUGCUUUAGGUGGUCAACUGAAUGCCACUGCUUCCCCCUCCCCCGAUUUUGUUGUCAAAUGCCUUUGGGGCUACUGGUGUCUGGCCAGGGACACUGAGCACCGGACCUAACUGACCUAUGCCUACCGCCCCAGCUCCCUGGAAUCAUGCCGCAGCCCCCUCAGGCCCUUGACCAGUAGCCCCCAGAGUGGGACCCAGCCUUUCUGAUGCCUUGCAUCAACAUGUCAUUCCUUCAAGCCUUACCUUUCUGGACAAUGUGUACAGUAUAGAUUUCUCUAGGGGCAAUGUGGAUAUUCAGUCUCUGUCCCAUCUCACCACACAUAACUUAUUUUUGCCUUAUGGGGUGACUCAAGCCCCACUCUGGCCAUCCAUUGGUGCCCCCUGCCCAGCACCAAAUGGGGACUGUGGUUGGAGACCCCAGGAAAAAGCAAGAGCUGGGCCCCUUGCCUCGGUGUACAUGACACCCUGUUUGCAGGGGUCCCAGGAGCUGGUGGGUGGGUAUUUUCCGCACUGGCUCCCCUAUCCUGCUGCAUAAUGCUCUUGGAAUUCUCCCCAAGAAGUCAGCCCCUAUGAGCCUAUCAGGGAAUUCCUUUUUUAUCUGCACUUUGGGUCUUAAAGCGCUAUCAGAUACAGUUGUUUUAAGAUAUGUGGGAAGGUCUGUGAGGACAGCCCUGGUUCGUCAUAGCCCAGUCUUUUUCCCCGGGCUAGUGGAAAACCACCCUCUUCGCGCACUGGCUAAGCCCUGCACACCCCACGUGCUUUCCAGAAGAGCUGUGCCUCCUGACCUUCCUGCUGGGCCAGGGGCUGGCUCUAUGUGUAUGUGAGUGUAUAAAUAUAUAUAUGAUAGAGAUCUAUUUUUUUUCUGGAAUUCUGUUAGAAAAAUAGUAAAAGGAAAAAAAAAAAAAAACAAUGCUGUCAUUGAUUUGCCUUGGGCUGCCGGAGAUAUUGGUGGUCACUUGUUGGUACUAGAAAAGGCACCAAAUGCAUAGCAACGUGAAGCAUCCCCCUGUAGGAAGCCUCAGAGGGGGCCAAGGCUGAAUAAAGAGAUCCUUGAAGGGAAAGCAGAUU